AUGAAGGCGGUGAACCAGCCUUUUGUGCGGUCAUCGAUCAUGCUCCAGAAUCCGGGUGAGGAACUUGCAAAGAAGACCUUUCCCAACAUGGCGAUGCUGAGGCACCUGGCCGCCACCAAGGGCAUCUCAAGCUGGUUCACAGGCCUGGACGCCGCCAUCCUGAAGACCGCCUCAAACGUGGUAGAAGUUCGCAACGCCGCAACCGUCGCAAUGCUCGUGACAUUGGUGUCAUUCGCUUUCGUCUGCGGCGCCCUCGCCGGGGACGAGGCUGAGCGCCCUGCGCUUCGAGGCACCAAAGAGACCAAGGAGACCUGGCAAGGCAGGGACAAGGAAGACAAGGACUACAAGGAAGGCUGGCAUGAUCACGAGAUACGCCCCUGGGCUCGCGAGGAGGAGCACCGCCCCACCCGCUGGGUCCCGUCCUGGGGUCCUCCCUUUGAGAAUACAUGCGCUGAUCUAUGUGACUCUUGCGAGGUUUGCGUCGGCGGUGUUUGUACGGGCGGCCCUUGUUACAAGUUCGAUGAGUGCCAUGGUGCUUGCGACUCUUGCCAGACUUGCGUGAAUGGCAUGUGCACAGGCUUGUCGUGCACAGCACAGUGUGCAGGCUGCAACGUUGGUGUCGUGAUGUGUCCAGAAGGGCAGACAGCUAUUCCCGGCAGCUGCACUAAUGGAAUUUGCCUGCAAGGUUCGUGCGUGUAG